UAUACACAGCUUUGCUUGUUCGUAUUGCAUUCGCUUCGCUCGGCUUCACUUCGUCGAGAUGGAAUCGGUGUCGUCGACAUAACGCAUGGAGAUAAAAUUCGGAACGGGACCUCGUGACGUCAAUAGCACUGAGCAGCCUGUGUAUAACGAAUGGCUAGCCAUCACUGGCUCAGUGUCCUCCCCCUUUCCCCCCUUCUUAUUGUGGAAGCUCCGCUUUUCAAACGUGCAUGGGCAACACUUGUGCCUGCAAGACUGAUGAGAUGCCGGGUGCGAUCACUCACUGACAAACCCUAUCGACAGCUGCUGUAUCCUCCACAGAAAGCUUACUUCCUUUCGACAUGCCGGAACGGAGUUCUCGUUUGCUCGAGAUCGAAGCAUACCAAAGCUUUGUCACGAUUCGGGCCAGGAAUGACUCAAACUUCAUGCAGGAGAAGACAUUGACGCGAUUCAUCAGAGAGGAAUGGCGCAGCUUGAUCAAUCGAAAGGUUUUCCAAG